AUGUGGAACAGCCAGUCUCUCAACAGCCAUACCUGCCACGAUGACUGUGCCAAUGCACCAAGUGGAACUAAGUGUUUCAUCAACUGUAAGGAGUAUCAUGAAUGUCUUGAAGGUCUUCUUAUCAGAGUGACAUGUGACGCUAACCUCGUAGUAGACCCAGACACCCUGGAAUGUGCACUUAUACCAGAUGUCUGUCCACCCUGUGGUACAAGAGACAACUGUGCUACACAAGUUCCCUCUACAGUUGCUACACAAGUUCCCUCUACAGUGGCUGUCUCACCCUGUGAUGACUGCCCCAACCAACCAAAUGGGAUCAGAUGCUUCAGAGAUUGUAACUCCUACAUUACUUGCACAAAUGGCCAACCUCAACGUGUGAAUUGUGACACCAAUGAUGAUAUGGUGGUAGACCCCAAAACAGUACGCUGUGAGGACAUCGAAGAGGUCUGUCCUCCAUGUGGGGAAAAUGAUUAUGAAGAUGAAUGUCCACAAAUACACGAGGAUGACUUUGACAUUAACAACUUAACUGGGGGCCAGGAUUAGUGCUACUGUACGUGUGUAAUAUAAUAUGGACAGACUUCACUUCCGGAUUGAGAAGACUGUAUAUGAAACUGUGUUGCAGGAAUUCACUUUACUGUCCUGGAUUUCAAAGACAUUG